AACAUCAUGAUGUCUUAAGCAGCUUCAUAUGCAACGCCGAUGAUAUGUUUCCGGACGGCGGAGGCAAAUUAGCUUUCAGAACCCGCAGGCCUUCCAACCUCUCUGCCGCUGCAUGGCUGGUUUUAGUGUGCAUCACGCUAAAUUAUAAGAUAAUAUAUGGUGCGGACCUGCCGGACUGCGUUGUUUACCCCGCAACGAGUUCGUUGUUCGGGCCAUGCAAGUCGUCUCUUCAACGCCGCGCUGGCGAGGACAGCGGCUCUGUGUACAAACUUGAUAGCGCCCGAAUCGUUGCCGAACGGGAGCCGCUCGCAUGGUUCCGGUGGGGCAGGCUCUACGGACAGCUCUCCAGCUCAGCAGGCAGGCACCGUGUCUUGCGCGACGUCACGGUGGAGCUUGACUGCGGGGACCUAUGGCGCAUCCAGCAGAGGGAGUGCGAUGCGGCCCUUUGGCAGGCCCCGCAAUGGCCAAGUGCAGGGUUACAGGCCGGGCCCGGGUUCCUGUUUUGGCCGGCCCUGCACGGCGCAAUGUCGAGCGCCGUGCGACUGAACCUGACUUGCCCGGCGGAGGAGUGGCGGGCGCUGCUAGCAGGUGGGGCAGCACCGUCCAGCGGCCCUGCACGCGGUGGCGGUGGUGGUGGCGGUGGGUCCACGGCUGGCAGCAAUGCCACAGGGGCCUCACGCGGUAGCAGCACACGCUUGGCGCCGUGCGGCACAGCCGCCGUCAGCUCGGCAGCGGAGCUGGCAGCGGCGCUUGCAGCGCUGCAGCCCACACACGCCGCGGUGCUCAUCACGCUCACAGCCAACAUAUCGCUAGGUGACAUCAGCAGCUCAGCCUCUGGGACCCCAACGCCGGUAUAUCGGCCCGUGACGCUUGUGGGCGGCUGGUCGUCGGCGGCUGCGGCGGAGGCGGAGGCAGAGGCGGAGGCCUCUGUGCAAGGCGUGCCUUCAUCCAAAAGGCAGCCGCCGGUUGCACCGAUGCAAACGGAGUUGGACUGGGCGAUGCGGGUGGGGGCAUUUGAUCUGACGAGCCCACCGCCACAAGCAGCAGCAGCAGCUGCGGCGGCAUCAACGGCAGCUCCAGGGGCGCGCGGAGGCACCGCCCGGCAGGCACGGCUUGUGCUGGCGGACCUCACGCUGGUGAACAUGCCGGCGGGGCCGCGGGAGACCUGGCCUCUGGGGCUGCUGCCGACCAGCAUGCACGGCGUCGCGGGCGUGGUGGGCCGCACUGCGAGGCCACCUGCUGCCGGCACCGGUGCAGGAGGCCGCGGCAGCAGCAGCAACACCAGCAACAGCAGCAGCGCCGGGCCGGACAAGGGCAGCAGCAAAGGCCUCGGCGGCGGGGGGCCCGUCCAACAGGAGGGGGUGCAGCUGGAGCUGAUCAGGUGCCGUGUGGUGCUGCCGCCGGGGCCCAUGAGGCUCUUGAGCCACUGGGCGACGCGCGCCGCGGCGGUGGCGGCGGCAGAUGCGGAGGCGGCGGCGUGGGAUGAGGGCGAUAGGGAAGGAUGGGCGCGAGCGGUGCCGUCACCGGUCCUGGGCGUGCGGCUCGCAUCCUUUGCGGCGCCGCCGACAGCAGCGGAGCGGGUCGCGGUGCAGUGGCUGGGGAGCUACAUGACGCAGCUGCCGCCGGUGGUGGGCGGAGACGGCGCCGUCACCGCCUCCGUCGCGGCGCUUCAGGGCUGGGGCCGCCUCUGCAACACCACCCUGACGGCGGCGCCGCUGCGCACGCCCGCCGCACCGCCCCGGCCCUUGGACCCCUGGACCCUAAGCGACCCACCCGUGCCGCCGGCGGCGUGGGCCUUCGCCGCCAGCGCCGAGGAGCUGUUGCAGCUGCUGACGGCGCCGCCGGACUGGCACAGUCAGCCCGACGCCGCGCCGCGGGAGCGGGUGGUGGUGCUGCUGCGGGAUAUCGACCUGGCGGCUGCGGCGGCGGCGGCGGCGGCCCUGCCUGAGGCCGGCCUGGUCCUGCCGUACGGCCUCACACUGGUGGGCGCAACCACGAGUACGGCAGCUGCUGAUGGGGUGUCGGAUGUGUCGUACCGUUUACGUGUACGGCUGCACCUGGGCGGGCGGCGGCUGGUGGGCUCCGUGCCUGCGGGCGGGCGGCUGGCGUUCCGGCACCUGGUGGUGUCAGGUCUGCCGCUGGACGGGGCUGUAGCAGCGGCUGCGGUGGAGGCAGCGGCCGAGGCAGUAGCAGCAGGCGUGGACUCGGAGGCGGGGUCUGCGUCGGCGCCAGGCAUGGCUGCGUGGCUGGCCAGGUGCGGACCGGCGCGCACCGGUGCCCCCUCCUCCGGCUCGGCCUCAGCCGCCGCGGAGGCCGCCUCAGCCGCCGCCAAUACCGCCGGCGCUGCUGCUGCCGCUGCAGUGCCGGCGCUGCGUGUGGAGCUUCACGGCUGUGACCUGGAGCUGCCCGCAGCGGUGCAUGACGCACUGAGGGCGGCCAACAGCCACCGCAUGUGCAUGUGUGCCGCCGCCGCCGCCGGCCCUUCACCAGCAGCCCGCAGCGGUGCCCUGGCGACGGCGUCGGCCGGGACCUCUGCAGCCACCCCCGCCACGCAGUCGGUGCAGCAGUGGCAGCUGGCGGCGCGCCUGCUGGAAAUCAACGGCGAGGUGGACUGGGGGGAUGCGCCGCAUGUGCUCGUGCGGUCGGGAGUGCUCGCGGCGGCGGGGCUGCGACUCAAUUCCACACGACUGGUGGCGGCGGCGGCGGCGGCGGCAGGCGGCGGCAGCGCCGCUGCCGCUGCCAAGGGGAGCAGUGGAGGUUGUGACCUAGCAGAGCUGUGGGACGCUGUUGCUUCGCCAGCAUCACGCCCAGCAGAGCGACCGGUGGAGGAACCAUCAAACCAGCAAACUGCAGGCGGCUACGCACUGUCGCGGAGGCGCCUGGCCGCCGCCUGCGACACCAGCGGCUUCAGCGCGGGUGAGCUGGUCGGUGGGGUGCUGGGUGGCUUCGCCGCGGGGCUGCUGCUCUCCGCCGCCACCGCCGCCGGCGUCGUGAUGUACACCCGGCGGCGGCGGCACAGCUGGCUCAGCAGCCGGCUUGGCGCCGAUGCUGCCGCGGCGCCUGCUCCAGGCAACAAGCCAGUUGUGCUUCCGCGUUCAACGGCAGCAGCUGGGUCUGCCGCCAGCGCGGCCGCCGCCGCCGCAGCAGCAGCAGAAACCGCAGCCGCUGCUGCUGCUGCCACUACGGCUGGCGGCGGUGCCGGCAUGGCCGCCGGGCUGCUGCCUGCAGGAAUGCUCGGCCCGCACAGCACCAGCCGAGGGGCACCGCCGCUGUUGACAGAAGCGGGAGGUGCGGCGGCGGCAGCACCAGCGGCAUCGGGCUGGGCACCACCACCACCGGCGGCGGCGACGGCGACAGCCGCAGCGCCAGCGCCGAGUGCUGCGGCUGCGGCGGUCCUGCUGACCAGCGUCGGCCCCGAGGACUUAGAUGCGGGCGCGCAUGCCGCCGCUGCUGCGGUGCGCGCUGCAGCUGCAGCGCCUGCUGUCACUGGCAGUAGCAAGUCGGCGCGUCUGUCGCCAGCUGGCCCCAUCGCCAGCCGUGGCAGUGCGUCCGACAGCGGGAGCGUUGUCGCCGCAGGCUCCUCAAGUCGAGCGCGUCUGCCUCUGCCACUGUCUUUGCGGACUCCUAACGCACCGCCGCCAGUGGCAUUCGUGCCCGCGGCCGGGAGCAGCACGGCGGCGCCGCAGCCGCUGCUGACGAUUGCGCCCGAGUCAGGGAACCUGUCUGCAGAGCUUGCUGCUGCCUCGGGUGCGGCUGCGGAUGCCGCGGCCGCGACCACGGGUGCCUGCACGGGGGCAGCACCGGGCUCUACUGGCCGGUACGCAGGGCCCGGCUCCGCUCCGCACCCGGCGGUUGCAGGUGCGGGCCGGCGGGCCGGCGGCAGGCAGGCAUCCCUGGCAACACUCCAGUCCGGGGCGUAUGUGCAAAUGCCCGCCGGCAACGCCCGACCGGCGCCCCUGCCGCUGACACCGCUAGGAACGCACUGUGACGACGGCGGCAGCGCAUCGGCCAAGCCGGGCGGUGCGCGGGUGGCUGACGUCGCGCUGGCCGCAGCCACGGCCGCGGAGGCGGCGAUCAAGCGCGAGGAGCAGGCCGCGGCAGCGGCGGCGGCGGCGGCGGCGGCGGCGGCGGCGGCGGCGGCCGCCGCAGGCGCGGCAGCUGUGGCUACACAGGAGGCCGCGCAACCCGAAGCGGCGGAGCAGCAGGCGGCUGCGGCGGCGGCGGCGCGGGCGGCGGAGGCGGCAUGGCAGGCGCGGCUGGCGGCGGCGGCGGCGGAGCAGAUGGAGGAGGACGCCUUUUUCGCCGCGUCCAGCGGCGGCCCCGGCCUAACCACGCUGUCCAACAAGUCCGACAGCCAGUUGGACGCCAGCGGUUCGGCCGCCGCCGCACGCAACGCACGCGCUCGGCGGCGCAGCAUGUUCGACUGUCUUCUGCAGGCGGAGCGGCAGCAGGCGGCGGCUGCGCGCUACCUGCACGCCCGUACACCUCCGCGAGCGGCGGCAUUCGCCACGCCCGCCGCCGGUGCCAUCACAGCUGCCUUCGGCGUUGCCCGCCGUGUGCCAUCCGUGACGAUGCCCUCCGCCGCAGCUUUGGGUGCCAGGCCGGCCGGCGGCGGCGGCGGCGGCGGUGGCGGCGGCAGCGGGCUUCCCUCACCGUUGUACGGGCGACCCGCGGGUGGCGGCGGUGGUGGUGGUGGUGGGCGCCUGAGCGCGACUGGCAUGAUGGCGGCUGUGCAGCACGCCGGUGGCCCGCCGUCCGCCGGCCUGGGUGGCAGGCCCAGCGCUGGGCAGCGCUCCGCCGGGAUCCCCCGAGUGGCCCUGCUGGGGCUGGCGGCCGGCAGUUCGGCGGUGCCGUCGGCGGCAGAGGCAGCUGCGCCCGGUAUGGGCGCUGGCGGCGGCGGUGGAGGUGAUGGCGGCACGGAGGCGGCGCACCGGGCCCUGGCGGACGAGAUUGAGGGCAUGAUCACGCGCCUGCAGGACGUGGGGGGCGGCGUGUCCGGUCCCGCCACCCCCACGCCCUCAGGCAUCAUGCCCCCCUCGGGCAGCAGCGGCGCCAUGGCGGGCGGCGGUGGCGGCGGCGGCGGCGGCGGCGGCGGCGGCGGCGGCGGCGGAGGGGUGGCCAGCGGCCCCCCCAGCAGCACCGGCGGCGGCCGCGGGCGCAGGCAACAGCUGCUGGGGCAGGGCGCAUACGGCCGCGUCUAUAAAGGCGAGUGGCGCGGCCUGCCUGUGGCCAUCAAGGUGCUGCUGCUGCGGGAGGGCGACAGCGAGGCGCGGCGGCAGCGGCUGGUGCGCGAGGUGGCGCUCACAGCCACGCUGUCGCACUGCAACGUCGUGCCCACCUACCACUACUCUCUGCAGCCGGUGCGGGUCUUGGCGGGCGGCGGCGGCAGGCGCAACCCCGUGCUCCAGGCCCAGCGGCUGCUGCAGCCCGCGGAGGGCGCCGUGCCCACUGCGGAGGGCGCGCUGAUACGGGUGGGCGCGGCGGCGGUGCUGCCGGCGGCGGCGGAGGCAAGGGUCCAGAACACCUUUGACGGCAUGGAGAGCUCUACUGAGGAGGAGGUAGUGGCGUUCCAGCUGUCCAUCUACAUGCAGUACUGCGACGGCGGCACCCUCAAGGAGGCGCUGAAGGCCGGGCUGCUGGCGCCGCCGCCGCCGCCCUCUGCUGCAACCAGCAGCGGCGGCGCCGGCAGGUCUGGCGGCGGCACCGGCCGCGCGACGCCCAGCCGACACGGGUCCGUCAUCACGGCAAGGUCAGCGGCAGCGGCGGCGGCGGCUGUAGCUGCUGCAGCGGCUGCCGCGGCCACGGCUACGGCCACGCCUGGGAACACCGGUGGAGUGGGACAGGCAGCGGCUGUUGCAGCGGCAGGCGGCGGCGCGACGACGCCGGGCGCUCCCGCAUCACCGGUUGAGCCGCGAGCUGUGCACUGGCUGCUCCCGCCGCCACCGGCACCACCACCGCCACUGGCCCAACCACUCUCACCACCUGGUGGCGUGCAGUCCCCUCUGCCUCAGUCGGCCUCCCUGGCCACCGCGCCAGCAGCGGCACCGGCGGACUCGCAGACGUCGCCCUUCAGCGCGCUCGCGGGUCUGAGGCUGAUCGCCUUGCAGCAACCGGCGGCGGACAGCCCGGCCACGCAAGGCGGCGGUCCCCUACUUCCCACAACGGCAGCUGGUCUGGUGACGGCAGCUCAGCCGCCGGACCGCGCGGCGUCUGCUGCAGCAGCCGCCACCGCGGCCCCAGCAGUGCCGGAGGCGGCGGCGGCGUCACCGACCAGCACCCAGUCAGUGCCGCUGCCACCGCCGCAGCAGCAGCCGCUGCCGUCCUGGGCGGCGGCGUUGGCGCAACGGAAGCGAGUGGAGUGGGAGGAUGUUCGCAUGACCGGAAACCUGCCGCUGGCGCUGCUGGCGGCGCUGGAUGUGCUGCAGGGCCUGGCGUACCUGCACUCCUGCGGCGUCAUUCACGGAGACCUGAACGAGAACAAUAUAUUGCUGGUGUCGGCAGACCCAGUGCUGCCGCCCGCAUUCGCCGAGGCAGUCGCCGCCGCCGCCGCGACGGCAGCAGCGCCGUCAGUGCCAGCGCUAACGCUUUCUACGGGCACACAAAUGCUGUCCAGCCAUGGUAGCGGCGGCCAUGCUGGAAGCGGCGUGCUGUCGACGAGUGGCACCUUGGAGCAGCUCACAGCGGGGCCUGGGGCGCGUGUGUUGGAGAGGCAUGAGGAGGCGCAACGCCAGGCCCAAGCCCAGCCAGCGGGCGCGGCGGCUUCACCACAUGACAGCGCCGCCGCCGCCACUACCACUGCCAGCGCGGCGGCAGCGCGUGUGCCUGCGCCCGACGGCUUGUCGGGCGGCGGCGGUGACCGGGGCUUCAGCCGAAGUGGGUCGCUGUUAACGCCCAUAUGGGACGGCAGCAGCCGCGGCACCAGCCACGCCAUUGGCGCCGCUGCUGGCGGCCACGCGGAGGGCGCGGCCACAGCCCAAUCAACGGCCGGUGCUGCGGCCGCCAGCGCCAGCACGGGCACGGGCGGCGCCGCAGCAGCGCCUGCCGGCAGCAGCGGCGCCGCCGGCUCCACAUCCCGGCUCCUGUUGCGCCGCGGCAGUGCCCUGCUUCCCACCAUCGGCUCCGUUGCAUCGGGUAGGUCCACUGGCUCCAGCACUGGCGGCGGCGGCGGUGGCGGCGGCUCCUCACACCUGGUUGCGCAGUACCGGCGGGUGUCGGAGCUGCUGCGGCACGUGUUCAAGAUCUCGGACUUUGGGCUGUCGGUGCGGCUGGAGGACCCCGGCCAGACGCACGUGUCAGACAUGGCACAGGGCACGCCCUACUACACCUGUCCGGCCGUGAUGACCUCCGGCCAGCUGUCCCCUGCCAGCGACAUCUACGGCUUCGGAGUCAUCUGCUGGGGCCUGAUGCACGGCGUGUCCAUAUGGGAGAUUGUGCACCUGCUGCCGCCCGUGUUCGCGGUGGCUGCGCCCACCCUGCUGCGGCACACCAGCCAGGAGCUGCCGCCGCCGCUGCGCGAGGUGCUGCGGCGCUGCCUGGCGCUCAACCCCGCGGACCGACCCACCGCCUCGGAGCUGCUGCCGCUGCUGACGCAGCAGCUGCAGGCCGCUCUGGGUCCGGAGCUUGCGGCAGUGGUUGCGGCGUCGGAGCGGCGUGAGCGCUCGGAGCGGCGUGUGGCUGCCUUGGGCUCAUCCACCGGCAUGCUGCCCACGCCGCCCACAGCGGCUGACUCAGCCGCCGCCGCGUUCCUGGCGCAACCGGCAACGGGUGCUGCUGCAGCCCCUACUGCUAGCGGCAGCGCUGCAGCAGCUACUGCGGCUGCGGCUUCUGCCAAUCAGGCGGAUGCUACAGCGGCAGACGCGGCUGCAGCAACUGGAAGGCAGCAGAGCGGGGGGCUGGGGGCACUGCCGCUGGCAUAGGCCCGGGCAGGGCUCAUGCCGAAGACUUAAUUUUGUAUCGCCACUCCUUGUGAGUGGCACUGGCAGGGAAGAGUUGGAUUUGUAUUGCUACUCCUUGUGAGUGAGUGGCGCUGCUGGCAGCAGGCCUGCGGCAGCAUGGAAGCGUCGCAUACCUGUGCCUUGUUGACGCCAGGGAUUGCGGCUUGCUACAAAGGGAUCUCUGGGUACGGAUGCCCCCAAUCUAUAAGCGCGGGCAUUCGAAUUGGGCAGGCCAAUCGCCCUCGUUUCCCCCAGUGAAGGCGGUGGGUUUGCACUCCAUCACAAACUGCAUGCAAGGCUGUGAAUAUACGUACUGUUCUGCUUGCACUGACCAUGCUGCUGCUGGUGGCUACUACGGCUCCCCCAAUGUCCGAUUUCAGUCGGCACCGCUUUGGAUUGGACGCCAUAUACGCACUGUUGUUUGCGUACACUGCGUAUUGAUGCUGCUGUUUGUGUUGAGAUUCUUUACUUGUUUUGCCUGUUUGUCUUAAGGCAAGCAUGAGAAGUCAUUGAGGGACUGGCCAAAUGGGUAUCACGAGCCUGGCACCGUCCAUUGAGCAUUGCAAUAGCUGCCACGGACAACGCAGUGCUACCCACACGCAAGAGAGGCGCGGUGGGACACAAUCGCUCAUCAUGCACGAGGGGUCCAUGGGGCUGCACGUACUGCACGGCGGGAAACCUGUUGGGGGCAAGUGUUGUGUUGUGGCAAUAUGGCUUGAACACGCAUGCUUAGUUGUGCACAAAUUGAGUUUUCAUCUCCACUUGCUUUCAGUAGAAUUGUUCCCACCCACACUGUUCACAGUGUGUGGUUUAUACGUAUUAUGUUUUGCAUGUGCGGUGGCUGGUGACGAACUUGGUGUUCCCAUUGCUCUCUGCUGCUGUGGGUGACCGUGUUUGCCCGCCAAGCCAAAAUGACGCCGGGCGUCGCAACUGUAACCAAAAUUCGACUUUGUCACCGGGCCUUAGUCCAGUCAAGUCAAACGGCGUGAUGGGAUGUGUUCAAAGCCCAUGACGCCUUGUUCACCGUAAGUAUCAACAACGCACACAACGGGUUAGCGAGGCUGCAAUGAGCAUUUUAUGCAGUAUAUAUACGAGCCCUGCGCAGCCAGCCAUGGCUUUGUUUGUUAAAGUGGGGCCGAAGUCAGUGCCGGAGUGGUUGUGUGCAUGGACAUGGCUAUUGCACACGGAUUGUGACAUAGACACAGGCUAGUGUCGUUGGCACGUGGGCCGUGAGAGUGGGCGUGGGCCGUGGGAGUGGGGCUGGCGGCAUCACGACCGGGCGUUCGGGCGUAGAGUGUGCCCGAACGUCGUUUGUGCCUUUGUGGACCGUCUGACGCACAACAGCACUCAGCUGGUGUUGGGGCAGCGCAUGGCAUACCGUGCCAUGUCCUGCGAGUCUCCUUCCUCGUGCAGUCGUGCUUUCCAACACAGCUGGUGACGGCUUGGGUGACGGGGUCAGCCGCCGCAUGAGCGCAUCAGAGCGUGGCGGCGCCCAAGUCGCGCCGCCUGUGGAUGACCGUGCUGGACGUAGCAUGGCCGCAUGGGCCCUGGAGGCUGCUCGUGCUGGUGCACAUAUGGCGGCAAGGGAGACAUGGCAGCAGCAGGGGAGGCAUAUACCCCCCUGGGCAGCAGCGUGGUCUUUGCUCGGCAUAGUGCUCACGCACCUGACGCACGCCAUAUCCCACCCUUAGUGGUCGUCGCCAGGGGUUCUUAAGAGACUAGAGACUUUAACGUUUGUCCCCCCCAAAAGCUGUAAAUCUCCCCCCCC